GUUUUGUACGAUUAAUUCGACUCUUUGUCCACAUGAAAGCGGAAAUGCUGAGAUGUGCUAUCAUGAAAUGGAAAUCCGGUCCCCAUCGCGAAAAUUGAGCGGUCUGGGAGCUAGACAGUCCAGAUCUGGCUUGGAUGUAGUGACGCUCCCAUAUUCGUCCGUACAAACAUCAUCUUCUAUGUCAACUGCAGUAAAAUUGUACACGAUGCAGUCUGACGCAUCUUUAUCCGAGCAGUAUAGCUGCCUGAAACAUUCCUUCCUAGGAUUCAAGUAUUCGGGAUCGGUUUGCCUUACACGCACUCAAUAAGGAAACUUGAUGAAGCUUUGGCAGCCUUGAUAAAAUGGAGCUUCACCUUAAAUAGAUAGAGACAAAGUAAUGGAUUAUUUGGAGAGAAAAGAGGUGCGCGACGCCCUCAUCCAACGCCUCCAACCCUACAAUGUCAUUGUGACCAUGCGCGAACGCACCCCCUUCCCCGCAGAGGUGGUCAAUGCCCUCCCGAACCUGAAACUCCUCUUGACCGAAAGCAUGCGCAACUUGGCGCUGGACCUGCAGGCUUGUGCCGAUCGCGGAGUCGUCGUGGCGGGCACCACGGGUCGGCCGGUGGGGUUGCAUUCAACGGUGCAACAUACUUGGGCUCUUAUACUGGGACUGGCGAGGCAUAUUGCAAGGGAUGAUGCGGCGGUUAAGAGGGGUGGGUGGCAGGGGAGUCCUUUGGCGACGAAUGUCUCGGGGAAGACGCUAGGAAUCCUGGGACUGGGGAAGUUGGGCGCGCAGACGGCGAGGAUUGCCAUUCUGGCACUUGGGAUGCGGGUUAUUGCGUGGUCGGCCAAUCUGACGCAAGAAAAAGCGGACGAACAGGCGCAAGCGCAAGGUCUUCCGGCGGGAAGCUUCGAGGCCGUAUCUUCCAAGCCCGAGUUCUUCCGCCGGGCGGACGUAGUAAGUCUACACAAUGUGCUCUCUGAGCGCAGUCGCGGGAUCGUGGGCAAGACAGAACUGGAGACCAUGAAGCCAACAGCACUACUGGUUAAUACUUCGCGCGGACCGCUCAUUGACGAGGCAGCGCUGUUGGAAGCACUGAAUGCGGGGCAAAUUCGCGGCGCGGCGCUGGAUGUGUUUGACACGGAGCCAUUGCCUGUUGAAAGUCCGUGGCGUACGACGGCUUGGGGACAGGAUGGCCGUAGUGAGGUGGUUCUGUCACCGCAUAUGGGAUACGGAGAGGAGGACCAGUUGAAUGGGUGGUAUGAGGAACUGGCAGAGAACCUGCGUCGGUGGUUGGAUGGUGAGGAGGUGCAAGCACGGAUGAAUUAGCCACGCGCAGUUAUCUUAUGUUUAUUACUCUGUUCCUCUGUAUAUACAACGUCAGUUGAAAGGCGGCUCGGUAUCCCGUUUGGACUUAUGAACCGAGGCAUACGAUCUCCGCGCCUCGGCAGAAGGGAAACAACCAAUUUAAAGUCAAUUAAAGCUGUAUUAGCGCGAAUUAAUCUCGCAAUGACGAUAUGUAUUAUUUUCUGCCUGACGCGGCU